UGUUACCCUUCACUAUUGUAUAUAUAUAACAAACCCCACCUUAACUUCCCUCAUUACUCUCUAUCUCAGUACUCUUUUCUUUUUGGUUUUUUCUUCUUUCACUCUCUACAAGCCCUUCUUAAUUUGUUAGGUCACUUGGGCAUAUCGCAUCUCUCAUACUGUAUUUCACAUAAGGUCUUUGGGGAUGGAUAUGGAAGCUCAAGAUGAUUUCGUGGGGUCUAAUGAUCUUACUCAGAUCAUUAAAGGCAAACGCACCAAGCGCCAAAGGUCAUCGUCCCCGUAUAUGGUGAUGACCUCUAGCUCAUCAAGUGGUUAUGGUGGCGGUGAUGGCGGAGGAGAGAGAGGAGUGCUUAUAGAGGAGCAUGGUUCAAUUUCCUCCCCUACAACUUCUAGUGAGGUUACUGAGAGGACAGAAGAAGAAGAAGAUAUGGCUAAUUGCUUGAUUCUACUAGCACAAGGUGACCGUCCAAAGCAAAUUCAUGAAAACAAAAGCGGUAAAGUGGAGAAAUUUAGAGCUCGAAAAUCAUCAGACAUGUCCACACCAACUAUUAACAAGGCAGGUUUCUUGGUAUACGAAUGCAAAACUUGUAACCGGAGUUUCCCAUCUUUCCAAGCAUUAGGCGGGCACAGAGCCAGUCACAAAAGGCCUAAAGCCACAGCGGAAGAGAAAAAAGGUCUUGUGGUGGCAUCAAUGGAGGAUCUUGGCGUUUGUCAAUUGAUUAAAAGGAGUAAUCUUGAUCCUUCUCUUUCUCUCCAAAUAGGCCACAACAAUAACGUCAACAAGGGUUUUCAGGGUAACAAGGCUAAGACUCAUGAGUGCUCAAUUUGUGGCUCGGAGUUCAUGUCUGGCCAAGCUCUUGGCGGUCACAUGAGAAGGCACAGGGCUAACACAGGCAACCAGGCGGGCAUGAUCACUACUGAUUCAUCCAGUGCCACCGCUGAGUCUAAUAUUCAUGGUGAUCAUCAUCAGAUCAAGCCAAAAAAUAUUUUGGCCUUGGAUCUUAAUCUACCAGCUCCCGAGGAUGAUCAUCACCUUCGUGAAUCCAAUUUCCAAUUCACGUCAACCCGGCAAGCACUAGUGUUCUCCGCCACAGCCUUGGUGGAUUGCCAUUACUAGAAAAAUACUAAAAAGAUCCACAGGGAUCAACCAUGUGAAUUAUUUUAUUUUUACCAUUCCUAUAUACUUUACUAUAAUUCAUUACUAUCCAAAUUCUUUCAA